AUGUCCAAUCGAAAUUUCUGUGCUCCAUUUCGAUCGAAUAAUCCGAUGGAGAACCCAAAUCGUUGCAAAUUACCUGCUAUUAAUAACGGACUAACAACACUAACGAAUGCGAAUUCAUGGAUGUGUAAACCACCAUUGACAAAUUCGUUCGUUCCACGAAAGAAUAAUGAUAACUAUCCCAAUCGACCGAAUUCAUCUUUACAAAUCAACUAUGGAUCAGCUCUGUGCAAUACUCGAACAUCUGCGUAUGAAAAUAGUAAAAUCGUUUGUCCGACACGUGAUAUUGCUCCGUCGCAAAGAUUUUCCUCGUCGCCAUUAAAUUCAAGAGCGUGUAGCGAUGUACAACAAGUACCAACGGGAAAAGAUUGCUCGGCUAAACAACUCAAUGAUAGUACCAAGAUGAUUGGUAUUAGACAAGAUAUCGAUAAGACUAUGCAAAUGAAUCGUUCAUCACGACCAAUGACAUCAGGUUCCAAUAAUUUAAAUUAUUCUUCUGAGACAAAUGGCAAUGUACCGAACCGACAGAAAAUGGUCGUACGUGAUCGUCAGUUAGCAAAUGAAAUUCUUCAAAAAGCAGGUAUUACAUCAACUUUAACGUCAAAUGAUUGCCUUGAAGUCAUCACGGAUUCGCCUGUAACUAUGAACGAACCUGUGAAUUGUGAUCCAAAUCCGUUGUGUAUGAAGAAGCCAGCAGAUUGUCAAGAAUGCUAUGAGCAAUCGAUUGUUGUUCGUCAUUUACAACCACCACGACCUCCCAUGCCACCACCAAUCAUCAUUCGUGAGCGUUGUGCUCCUCAACCGCCGCCACAAUCACCGAUUGUUAUCCGACAAAUACCUCCUCGACCGUGCACACCACCAGCACUGAUUAUUCGUGAAUGUCCACCACCCAUGCUUGAAAUGCAAGAACCGACUAUUAUCGAACGGGAGAUUCCACCCCCACCGCUACCACCUCGACAGGUUAUCGUCGAACGAUUACCAACACCACCAGCGAAACCACGUCCGAUCAUCUUUGAAAAAUGGCUUCCGUACGAGGAACCCGAAGAUCGGCCAUGUAUCGUGGAAAAAGCUGUCACCAAUGACACACCUCCACCGAAGAAUGUCAUCAUUCAAUACGAAGCACUGGAACCAAAAAUUCAACUGCAAUGUAUCAAUGAAGGUAUAUCGUACGUUGAUCCCAAACAGUUUGUCACCCAGAAACCAAAUGGAAAUGCCGAAGUUUGUUAUGUUGACCAACUGAACAACUUACCUGAUCACAUCAAAUGUCAACUAAGUCCUCAGACACUUGCUGCAAUUGGCAUUCAAAAUGCUAAUAACAAACAGAACACAAACGACAGAUCAUUUAUCGCCCGUUCCAAUCCUCCUUCUGUCUACCAACAAACUGGUCAACCUUCAUGUAAUCCAUACAUGUAUCGGCAACAGCAGUCAAACAAUCAUAGUCUCUCAGCAUCCAUUGCUGGUUUAUCUCAAUGUUACAAUACAAAUCCACCGUUCCGACCAAUUACUCAAGGUUUCACAAAUUUCAAUCGAGCCCAAUACAAUCCAUGGGCAACAACAUACCAAGUAUCAUAUACGAAUAAAGCUCGAGGAUUAUGUCGUGCACGUUAA